AUGGGGAUAAUUUCUUCACAAAAACACCAUAAUCAGCAUGGAAUUUUGAACCCAGCAGUGACGAAGGGACCAUCUAUUGUUAAAAGAAAUUUUGUCAGCACAAACCCUAAUUAUCUACGAACUCUUAGUCAGACACAUGCUGGCUGGAUCUUUGGAGCAAUAGCAGAACUCAUUGAUAACUCCAGGGACGCUGGUGCAUCCAGGUUGGAUAUUUCCAUCCAAUCUAUGUUUUCAAAGCAAGCAGGGCAAAAAGUUCCUGUCUUAUGUGUUGUUGAUAAUGGCCAUGGAAUGACUUAUGCCCAAAUGAUGAGAAUGGUCUCAUUUGGUCACAAAGGACCAAAUGAACACUGCCAGGAUCAGAUUGGGAGGUUUGGAAUUGGAUUUAAGACUGGUGCUAUGGAACUUGGGAGAGAUGCAUUUGUGCUUACCCAAACUUCAACGUCCAGAUCAGUAUCCUUUCUAUCCCAAUCUUUUAAUGAAAAUAAAGAUAAUCUUGAGAUCCCUGUGGUGACAUAUUGCAAGAAAGAUCAAUACAUGGAAGUUGAUUUGGGUGUGCAGUCUGAAGCUACUGCAGAAUAUAACCUGAAUGCUAUCAAGAAAUUUUCCCCAUUUAAUGAGUAUUUCAUUGGAGAAAAGGUGGGCUUAUUUGGUGAAGAGGGUACUGGCACACAGGUUUACAUAUGGAAUUUGGAUAGAUGGGGUACAAAUUACACCUUAGAGUGGAACUCACAAAAAACUGAUGAAAGCCCUGACAGUCAUGGCAAUGGGGACAUAUUAAUCCGUUCAAGAAGAGUCAGAUCACGUCCAGGACAAACAAAUGGCAAUGUACCGUUGGAUUAUUCACUUAAAGCUUAUGUAGAAGUUAUGUUUCUGAAUCCUCAGAUGAAAAUUACUGUCCAAGGGUCUCCGGUAAAUACUCAUAUGCCCUCAUAG